AUGCGGUGCGCAUCCCACCUCCCAACAAGUUUUCUCCAUGUGGCAGGCUGUGGUCCGCCAGUGGUCCUGGUUCACGGCUUUGGGGCGUCCAUCGGCCACUACAGAAAAAAUAUCCCGGCGCUGGCAAAACACUACAAGGUGUAUGCGAUCGAUCUGCUGGGCUUUGGGGCGAGCGACAAGCCGCCGCUUGCAUACUCGACCGAGCUUUGGCGCGACCAGCUGCUGGACUUCUUGCAGGAGUUUAUCGAUGAGCCAGCCGUGCUCGUGGGCAAUUCCAUCGGCAGCCUGAUCGGCCUCAUGGCCAAUGCGGAAGGAGGGCCUGGCGUUGUCAGGGGGACGAUCCUGCUCAACUGCGCCGGAGGAAUGAACACAAAGGGGUUGACGGACGAUUGGCGCGUGCGGCUGGCGUUCCCUUUUUUUCUCCUGAUCGAUUUUUUGCUUUCGCGCCAGCGCAUCGCGCGGUGGCUGUUUGACGGCUUCCGCACAAAGGAGAAUUUGCGCAAAGCACUUAUGGCAGUCUAUAAGAACCCAGAGACAGUGGAUGACACGUUGGUGGACUUGUUUCACACUCCCUCUGGGGCCGAGGGCGCGCUGGAGGCCUUCGUGUCGGUGAUAUCCGGACCCCCCGGUCCGAGGCCGGAGGCAAUUUUUGACAAUGUUGGGGGACCGCUGCUGCUGCUGUGGGGGGAGGAGGACACGGUAACGCCACUGGAUGGUCCCGUGGCUAAAUUUUUGAAAGCCGCGGUCGACAGCCGGCCCGACACAGAGUUUGUUGUGCUGCCAGGGACGGGGCACUGCUUACAUGAUGAUGACCCGCCGCGAGUAAACAGGGAAAUUUUAAAUUGGCUCGAGAGGCACCAUGCCCAGAAGAGGUAG